CCCACAGCAAAAGCCCGCCCUGGACAGCAUCUGCGCCCGAGCCUCCCCCCUGCACCCGCUCGCCACCUGUCCAGAGACCCAAGGCCGGCGUCUGCACACGAUGAUAACGAAAGAAUACGAAAGCCUCGAGAGUCUUAUCGGGACUCUGUACGGGACGACAUCGGCCUACAAGGACUCGCAGCUGGCUGAGGAUCACUUGCAGGACAUUGAACAGCAGCUCUCCCGGAUCAAGCAUGCCGUCCACCCCAACGCCAAAGUCCAGUCCCUGCUCGAGAAUGAUCUGGACGAAGUCAAGUGCGAGCGGGACACCAAGCAACGGCUGUUCGAGCAAGAGCUCGCCAGCUCGGAAAAGAUGCUUCUGAACUUCAUUGACGAGAGGUCAGUCGGCACCUUCAACCAAAUCCAACAGGAAAUUAGUGGCAGGCUGAAGAACUCUGGCUCGAUUCUCACUUUUAUGGAGCAGCAAAUCACGAGCCGCGAGCAAGACAAUGAGCUCCUCCAAAACUUCAACAACAAUCUGGAGAAUCUUCUGACAAAGCAGGACGAGGGGCUGGUGACCAUCGAAACCGAGGUCCGCGAGUUCCGGAACGAAAUCGAUAAGGAGCAGCAGAAAAUCGACCCCGAGCUCGAAAACGCGCUGUCUCUUCUGGAUCAGGAGCUGGAGCGCCAGAAGCUCUUGGAAGAGCGCAUCGACCGGAUCGAGGCUCUGCUCAGCAGCUCGGUGGACAACUCCAGUGCCCAGCCAUCCAAUCUCGUCAUCCAGCAGUACAUGGAACUGGCGCGCAUGGUCGACGAGGCCGAAUCGGCAACCAAGACAAGGAUAGCCGAGUUUGACCAGCAUAUCACCAACCUCAAGCUAUUCCACGAGCAAGCCAAAGCCCAGGUCGAGGAGUACGAAAGCUCGCUCAACCAUGUCAAGACCAUCGCGAACAUGACAGAGACGCCCAGCUCGAUCCUCGAGGAGCAACUGAAGACCGCCCUCUCGUCGUUUGCCAAGCCCAUCAUCGAGCAGCUGAUUCAGGACUACCACAGCGGCGUAUUGGGCGACCUCUCGCGGAUAACCUUCCCGAGCGAAGCGCCGAUCGGAGAGCCGGCACCAAUCGAAAACGCCGGACCGCAGGAGCCAGCGCUCGCAGGACAGAAGCGUCCGAACGAGGGCGAGGCAGAUCCGAACCAGUCCCAGUCAAAACACUCGCGAGUGUCGUAGUGGUUGUUUGGUACAUCGCCCAAUAUAGCGCAUUCAGAACCAA